AUGGAUCCAGAUGUAGUAAACGAGAAAUUUGAUUUUUUAAUGUUAAAUAUUGCAAAAGAGUGUGGAGAUAUAAAUAAUUUAAUGAAUCAUUUUUUUUACUUUUUAUUAAGAAAAACAGAUUUUAUUUUGAAAUCAGAAAACCUGGAACAAUGCGAAGAAAUUGUAUUAAAAAAUUUAAGGAAACAUUAUGCAAAAAAGGACGAAUAUUUAGCUGAACUUAAAAAAAAAAUUGAAAAAGAUGAGAAAAAUGAGUUGAAAGUAGAUGAUGAAGAUUCUAUUCAUAAAAAAAAAAAAAACCUAAAAGAAAAGGAAAAUAACAUAGAAAAAGAACAAAAAAACAUGAAAAUAAAUGAGAAUGUCCAAAAGGAUGGUGAUACAAAAAAGGAAGAGAAAAAAAAGAAUUCAGAUGAUUCUGAUGGUGAUUCUCUACCUCCAAAAGAUAAUGGUGGAAUAACUGACAAAUAUAGAUGGAUUCAAAAUACAAGUAGCUUGGAAAUGUUUAUUGAUGCAAAAGAAAAAAUAAAAACAAAAGAUGUUAAAGUAGAUUUGACAUAUAAAAGAUUAUUUGUAAAAGUAAAAGAUAAAGUAAUAAUUGACGGAGAAUUUUAUAAAAAAAUAAAACCUGAAGGAUCUAUAUGGACACUUGAAGAUAAUCAAAUAAUUCAUAUACUUAUUGAAAAAUUACAUGGAUUAGAAUGGUGGGCAACAGCUAUUAAAGGAGAUCCUGAAAUUGAUGUAAAAAAAAUUGUUCCAGAAAAUUCUAGAAUAGAUGAUUUAGAUCCUGAAACAAGAGCUGUUGUAGAAAAAAUGUUAUAUGAUCAAAGACAAAAAUCACUAAAUUUACCAACAUCUGAUGAACAGAAAAAAAAUGAAAUUUUUGAAAAAUUUAAAAAAAUGCAUCCUGAACUUGAUUUUUCAAAUGCCAACAUAAAUUAUGGAAAUUCGUCAAAUAGUGUAUUUUUUAAUAAAUAA